CGCCGCCGGCCGCGCUGCUCCGCCUCCUCCUCUCCUCCACUUCUCUCCUCCCUCCCUCACUGGAUCUGUUUCCUCUCCUUGCCCGCGCCGCCUCCUCCUACACGGAUAAGAUCGGAUCCCCGCCGCAACCGGCAGAGCUCCUCACCGGCGGCAGCGUCUCUUCGUCCUCGCUGCGCCGCCGCUGCGCUGCACCGCCCUGCCGGCUCCGCCCGCUCCUCCUCCUCAGCGUUUCGCCCGUCGGCUCCGCAUUCCCCGUCACCCCCGCCCGCCGGCUCACCCCUCCGCUUCGCUGGCUGGCUCCGGCGCGCUCCUCAUCCGGCCCUACUCCCCUGGGUAUUGCGUCGACACCUGAGAGGCAGACUCACGGUGGAGGUCCUCACGCGCUGCAGAUCCCCCGUUUCCUUUCCCAAAGGCUGGCUCUUCGUGUGAUAUCGUGGUGGCGCACCGCAACCUCCUCCUCUUCCGGCUCACCUCCAACCCUGUCAAGGGGGAGGAUGGCGAGUCCCUGAUUGGGCCGCAGGAGUACUUCAUCUGCCAAGGUUCGCCGCUGCAGCAAACGUUGCAGCUCCACCGGAUCCCCAUGUUCACCCACUGCUCUCUGCAUCUUCGCUCUGUUGGCAUCUCGUGCCGCCCUGAAGAAAAAAUCAUCGUGGCGCAGCUGCCCUUAAGUGAAUCCAAUUUGCCGGCGAAGAUGGAAGCUGAACUAUGCCUUCUACGCUCCAAUGAGUGGGAGCUUAUACGGAAUCUACAGAUAAACAUGUGGCGAUUCAUCAGUACAUCAAAGGGGAGGAAGACCUCGAGGGUGAAGCUGAUGACAUGGUUAGGCGAAAGUCCCGUCUUCUCCAUCCCUUUGUUCCCUCCGAGUUCCCAAAGUUUUUCUGGCCUCACCAGCUAUUAUCACUGUGGAGCUUCAAAACAUGGUAUGGGAUUUGAGGAAAAGUUGCUGCAGAUUUUGGGAAAGUGGUAUGUGAGCAUGUAUAUGACCAUGAAAGUUUUUCAGAGAUUAUGCCUGAAGCACCGGGUGUUUGAAGUAUCUCAAGCUGAUCUUCAGAACGAUGAGGACCAGGCCUACAGGAAGAUUAUGCCUGAACCAUUUGUCGUUUCUCCUUUGGCCCCGUCUAUUCUUGUCCCAUCUCUUUGCUACACACUUUUUUAGAUUGCAAGUUUCUGCAUGUACUAGUGCUGGCUAUUCUAAGGAAAUUGCUUGUUUGCAUCGUCAAAGAACGCUAGUUGGUACUUUUACCCAAACUGAAUGUUUCUGAACUUUUUCUGUGGUUGUGCUCAAUUUAUCCCAUGACUGUAAAAAGAAGUGUAGCACGCCGAAACACAGUAAGAGGAUGUGAUAAGAAAGUUGUUUUCUGCUCGUACAAUUUAUGCCCAGUUUCUUCUAUUUAUCUUGUGAUAAUGUGACUUGGAAAGUAUAAAUGUUAUCAUUUCCUUUUAAUUCAACAUUCAAGUCAUCCUUCCUUGCAGAUAACGAAAACCUCCAUAGGUCAAGCACUAUGCCGGGGGUGAUCAAGGAUACUGAGAUAACUACUGAAAUUACGGGUCCAUCAAAUCUGGAAAGGUCAAAAACUGAGAGGCGCAAACAAAGUAACCCAGCUGAUGAUCCUGCUAAACAGUUAUUGGAUGAUAAGAUUUCCAUAAGGAAAAAGAUCCUACCGCCGGCCGCGCUACGUCCCGCUUGAUGGUGACCCAGGCCGCACUCCUCCCUGACUGCUGCUGCUACCCUUGACUGCCUCUCCGAUCUGCUGCUGCUCCCGGCAACAAUGUCAGGCAAGACUCUAACAUACUCUCUAAUCUCUGGUAGUUGCCUCUCAAAAUGAUGACUGGGAGAUGACGUGAAUAAUGGAUCUGUUUGAGUUCAUGUUGCCUUACAUAUACGUAUAGGAUAAGUGUUGAUGAUUACAGUCUGAGUUCAUGUUGCCUUACAUGUACGUAUAGGAUAAGUGUUGAUGUUGGUCUCAUGGUCUGUAAUUUGUGGACAGAACUAUGUCCUCAACUAGUUGUUGCUACAUGCUACUUGCUUUUGUUGGUUAUGUAAUAUUUGGACAGAAGUAUGUCCAGAACUCCUGGUUGUUCAUGUAUGUUAUGUGAAUAUUUUUAUGUCCCUGGAAAUCAUUGAUAUAUAUCUGAAGAUAUGGGGCCGAAAAUUUUGAUUUUUUCUCAUGAUUUAUCAAAACCGCUAAAUGGGCUUAGCCGGCUAUAGCUAGGCUAUAGCCUUUCGUAGCUGCUGGAAAAGCCGCCGCUAAAUGCAGUAGCCGGCUAUUUAAAACUUUGGUUGGAACAACAUAGUAUAUACAAAUUUUUAAUACGCAUAUGAGAUUUUAACAAAUUGAUCUGGUUCCACUUUCUUGACAAAUUUGUGCAAAAUGUUUUCAGGUACUCAACCUAUUGAUGCACAUGGACAUGAUGACUCUCUAGCGUUUAUGGACCAACCAACCUGUAAUCAUGGACCUUAUUGUCUUGUAGACCAUUUGGUGUUUCGAGUGUUUUGGAGCUUGCACUUUGUGCAUGUAGAUACAAA